UAGAUUGUUCCUUGUUGCUAUUUGGCGCUGUACUGUUAGCGAUUUUGUGUGUGCCGUAGAUCACAACUUCAGUAGGCUACAGGGUAACACUAACAGGAUCUAGAAUCUAGAGCAGUUGCUAAGUUCUAAAGAAGGCUAAGACUAAAAACUAUACAAACAACUGAAAAGAGUUUUAGAAAAUCUAUUUUUUUAAAGCGUUUGAUUGAGCCGCCUCUCUGCAUUUUCCUAGAUUAGUAUACUAAUAGUAAUAGUAAUAGUCUACUAAGUAAUAGAUAUAGUUAAAUAUAGUAGAGAAUCUACAUUCAGUUUAUUUGCAAAGAAGAUUUAUUUUUAAAGGAUAUACGGGAAACACCUCAAGUUCCUGGUCAACAUAUUGGACAGUUUCCACCUAUACAUAACUCUACUUAUUUUAAAAUUUAUAAAAAUUCACCAUGGCCCUCUGGAGCAUCUGGCUUAACUGGUCAAUUAUCAACAUGAACGGAUGUGAAAAUAUUGUGAACGGACAAGAUUUUAAUAAUAUGUGCUUACCUAAUUCAUCCUUUAAAUCGAUAAGACACUGUUAUAAAAACAAACUAAAACUAGACUCUAACCGGCCUCAGAAAGAUAUUUAGUGUUCUCAAUGGAGUACAACACUUAUGAAUUUGCGUGUGAAAUACAGUGAAUUUAUAAUGACAAGUAAAAGCUAAAUAAAUAUUUCAUAAUCAAUUUCUUUAUUAAUUAAUACAAUUAACUGUAGAAAAGUGUAAAGAGUUAUUUUAAUUUUAGAUGUGUGAUUUAAUUCGUUAUUGUAAAACUGUGAUUUCAUUAAAAGUGAAUUUGAUCAUCCAAUAAUCAUGGCAAUAAUGGAUGUUAUAGCAGAGAAAAGUGAUAAACUCAUGCCUGAGAUAUCGGCAGACAUCAUUAUUGAAAAGCCAAAGGUUUUUUUGAAGAAGCGGAUCAGCCUUUUCCAGUGUGUUAGUAUAAUAGUUGGGAUCAUUGUUGGUUCUGGGAUUUUUGUCUCCCCUGUUGGGAUAACAGCUCAAGUGCAGUCAGUGGGUAUGUCACUGGUGAUGUGGGGCGUGGUUGGAUUAUACUCAACACUGUGCGCCCUCUGCUAUGCGGAGCUGGGUGCCAGCCUGCCAGAGUCUGGGGGAGAGUACGUUUACAUCAGACACGCCUGGGGGGACUUUGCUGCUUUCCUGUGUCUGUGGAUGAACAUGGUUAUCAUCAGCCCUGCCUGUGUCGCAGCAGCCAGCCUCAUUUUUGCCUCGUAUAUUCUCAAGAUGGUAUUCAUUAACUGUGAGCCCCCUGAACAGCCUGUUAAAUUAAUUGCGUUCUUAAUCAUUGCUUUAGUAAUUGUUGUCAACUGGUACAAUGUAAACUGGGCCACCAAACUGCAAGUGGUCAUCACUUCCUGCAAACUGCUGGCCCUACUUACAAUAGUAAUCAUUGGGUUUUAUACCCUGGGUCAAGGCAACACUGAAAACUUUAAAGAUGCUUUUGAAGGUAGCGACUACAGUGCUGGUGCCAUUUCCAUUGCAUUUUAUUGUGGUUUUUGGGCUUACGGUGGAUGGAACUACUUAAACUUUUUAACGGAAGAAGUUAUCAAACCUCAUCGCAAUCUUCCUUUGGGCGUUAUAAUAUCUAUACCUAUUGUAACUGUGAUUUACAUAACUGUGAACGUGGCUUAUUUUUCUGUCCUUACACCUAUGGAGAUGCUGCAGUCCUCUGCAGUUGCUGUGACUUUCCUUGAGAGAACUGUACGUUCUUUAUCCUAUGUGAUUCCUGUCAUGAUUUCUAUUUCUGUUGUUGGCAGCAUUAAUGGCGCUGUACUUGGUAUGUCAAGAUUGUUUUGUGUGGCUGCAAGAAAUAAUCACUUGCCCCUCAUUUUUUCAAUGGUCCACAUACACACCUCUAUACCUAGACCUUCCUUUUUGAUUAUGUUCAUCUUUGUGGUUCUGAUGCAGAUGUUUGGGGAUAUUUUUUUACUAAUUGAAAUGAUGGGAUUCUGCCUAUCAAUUGUUCUUACCUUGGUAUUCAGUGGGCAGGUCUUGAUGCGUAGGACAAAACCUAAUCUCUCAAGGCCUAUUAAGCUACCAUGGAUACUGCCAGUAGUGUUGUGUUUAUCAAGCCUGGCUAUUCUAAUAACAACAGUAUAUCAAAAGCCAAGUGAGAGUUGUCUGGCCCUGAUGGUGGUAGCGUGUGGGUUACCAGCCUAUCUGCUGGGUUCCAAAUGUAGGAAGCCACAGUACAUUCAGCGUGUCAUAGACCAAGCUACAAGAAUUCUGCAAAUUCUGAUGCAAGUUUACCCACCUGACAAACAAGGCUCUAAAGAAACCACAAGAAAUUAGUAGGUCUUUACACUGGUUUCUUCACACCGAAGUCACAGCAGAGUUAACUGCACUAUACAUUUAACCUAAAACAGUUUGUAGUCCAGACAUGGAACAAGUCUUUGAAAAAUGUGGUGAAGCCGACCAAAGUCCUACAUGGGCUGUUCAGCCAAAAGGAUGGGUGGAUGGAUUUUACUUUUGUCAUAUUAAAAAUACUUAUCGAAAUAUGUAUAACAUUCAUAUUAUUUGGAAAGAAAUAUACUUCAUUUUUAUUAAGAUACUUAACAUAGCAUUGUUUUUUUAGCAUAUACUAAUUGCACAGUUUCUCUAUGAAAGCUUUUAUUGUGUUUGUAUGCUUACAUAUUAUUUAA